GGAGAUUUUAAAUUUCUAUCAUUCAUAACAGCAAAUAUGCUUGAUUCCCUCAAUCAAUUUCCUGAAAUACUUAUUAUGGAUGUCACGUACAAAGUGAAUAAACAAAACUACCCCCUCCUCAACAUCCUAGUUGUCGAUAGUAAUGGCCAAGGCAGACCAGUGUUUCAUUCUUUUCUUGCGUCGGAAGACUCCACUAUCCUAUCUUCUUGUCUUUUGUUUUUUGCAAGUUCCUUUGAUUCUCAGCGCACCAAAACCAUAUUUGUUGACAAGGACAUGGCAGAAAUCUGUGCCAUCAAAUCAUCACUUCCGUUUGUUAAUAUUCGACUUUGUGCUUUCCACACGACGACUGCCGUUAAGAAGGCUUUACAACAGAAAAAGCUGUCCUCUUCUCAAAUAUCUUGUCUCAUUGAUCUGUUCAUAGAACAGAGAUCCUGCAUGGACAUGUCAAAAUACAAUGCCCUCAAAGACAAGAUUUCUGAAAUCUCACCUCCUGAUGUUUUAUCCUACUUUGUUUGUAACUGGUGGAACUGUCCCCAACUCUGGGCUGCUUCUUUCCUGGAGUCUCCAACAUUUCACAUAACAACGACAAAUCAUGUCGAAACAUUCCAUCAGAAAAUUAAGAGAGUUCUGUCCACGAAAACUCCACUGAGCAUCUCCAUCACCGAACUCCUCAGUGUUACAAAAUACACAAUGCAAUCCAGAGAUGCAUCUGCUUCCAUACAGGCAAUGUCAUUGAAGUACAAUACAAGGCAUAAUUCUGACACUAUUAAUACCAUACAGAAUGACCUCACUCCUUUUGCAGCCAAACUUGUUUCAGAACAGUUUAUUCUCUCUCAACAUACUCAUUAUGUCGCUCAGUGUUCUUUAAAUUUGCCUGAAACAUACAUUCUGUCCUCUUCAACUUCUGGCUCAUCUCAAUACAACUGUACCAUUAACUCCUGUUCUUGCGACUUCUUUAUAAAAUUCUGUUUGCCUUGUCGACACAUUUUUGCUCUUAGGUCUGAACUGUGUCUACCUCUCUAUCACUGUGGUAAUGAACGCUUUAAAAGCUCUUCUGCUGUCUGUCCAUCUCUUAGCUCCAAUGAUCACCAUAACAUAACGCAUGAAGUAUUGCCCACAAGAAAAGCCAGCAAUCCUGAAUCUCGUUACCACAUAACAAAAGGAAUCACAAAGGCUAUUGAGUCUUUCUUACCUCUGUUGGGAGAACAGGCUUUCCAAUCUGCUGUAUCUCACCUUGAAAGAGUUUUAACUCUAAUUAAAGCUGACCGACCUGUAGCGGUCAUUGAUCUUUCGCAAGGAGAUAUAACUCAGCCUCAAACUGAAAACCUUCAUGCAGGUGUCACUGCAUCUUCACCACCACCCUCUGUCUCUUCUGAUAGUAUUGAUGUUGUUGUCCUGCCAUCUGUAUCUUCACCACCACCCUCUGUCUCUUCUGAUACCAUUGAUGUUGUUGUCC